CACGUCUCGAUGCAUCAAGCGGGGCGUCACGACGCGUCGAACAGAUGCUGCAGCCUAUGAGGCGUCCGACAUGGACAUUGGACAGAACGCCAGAGAUGCAGAACUGCUGCCGAGCUCACGCGCUCCUACAAGUCGCGGGGCAUUUCCGUACCUUUUUGCCGUUCUCCUGCUCCCUUUGCUAGUCAACAGCGCCGUUUAAACUAAUAUCCACAGCUUCAAUAUGAUUGACGGCAUCGUACAACUCUUGAUAAACUUAGUCGUAGAGCUUAUCCAGGCUUUUCAGUUCCGUAACUAUAACACCUGGUCGAACGCGUCGUCUGCUUCAUCUAGGCAACGCUGGUCGGAAGAACGUCAGCCGCUGCAACAGGAGCAACCGCAACAGCAACCGCAACAGCAACCGAAACAAGAAGAGGUUUAAGAUGUCGUCUACCGGCCCCGGAGACAAAUCCGUGCCAGUCCUGAAGGACUUGACCAUCGACAACAUCACCGAGAAUGUCGUCCGCAUCAACUCACAAUGCAGCGAUCCAAGGCUGAAAUACAUCAUGGAGCAGCUCGUCUCGCACCUCCACGACUUCGCGCGCGAGACACGCCUGAGCUUCGACGAAUGGAUGGCAGGAAUCCAGUUCCUCACUCAAGUCGGCCAGAUAUGUACAGACGUACGACAGGAGUUCAUCCUGCUCUCCGACAUAGUUGGCCUCUCGCUCCUCGUCGACUCCAUCGACCACCCCAAACCCUCCCACUCCACAGAAGGCACAGUCCUUGGCCCCUUCCACACCCACGACGCCCCCGCCGACCAGAACGGGUUCUCCAUAUCCGCCGAUCCCAACGGCGACCCACUGCUCGUGCUGUGCACCGUCAAGUCCACAUCCGGCGAGCCAAUUGAAGAUGUCAAGGUCGACAUCUGGGAAACGGACAGCCACGGGAAGUACGAUGUGCAGUACGACGACCGGGGGAGCAAGGCAGAUGGCAGAGCCGUUAUCCACAGUGACAAAGAGGGCGUUUUCUGGUUUAAUGCUAUUGUGCCUGUGCCGUAUCCGAUUCCGCAUGAUGGGCCGGUGGGGAAGCUGUUGACUAGGUUGGGGAGACAUUGCUGGAGGCCGAGUCAUAUGCAUUUUAUGUUUGAGAAGGAGGGGUUUGAUCAUCUAGUUACGGCACUGUACAUCCGAGGCUCUGACUAUGAGACCUCCGACGCGGUGUUCGGCGUCAAAGAGUCACUCAUCGUGGGCCUAGACACCGUGACGCCCGAGCAGGCAGAGCAGUACAAUGUGAAAGCUGGCACCAAGCUGCUCACAUACGACUUCGUACUUGUCACAGACGAAGAGACGAAGCAGCUGCGCCACGAAGAGGCCGUGAAGGCCAUGAAAUCUCUCGGGCGAGAGCAAGGCAUGACGAUCAUCAACGGCGUACCAGUUCCAGACGUAGACUAAUCCAAACAAAUCUCAUUUGAGGCAAACAAUUCGAAGGCCUCGGG